AUGAUUUCGUAUUCUAAUAAUCCUUUUGUUCACACUUUUAUAUUUCUCCUAUCAGUUGCUAACACGAUUGCAUUUUCUUCGAGUUCGUUGCCGUAUGCUCAAGAUCCGAAUCUAGUAGUUGACGAGGUCAAUAGGAGUGUAUUCAAUGCGUCAAGGAGGAGCCUGGCCUACCUAUCAUGCAGAACCGGGAAUCCGAUUGAUGAUUGUUGGCGGUGCGAUCAAAAAUGGGAGACAAACCGCCAAAGGCUAGCCGAUUGUGCUAUCGGUUUUGGCAAAAACGCUAUAGGAGGUCGCGAUGGCCGAAUUUACGUGGUCACGGAUCCAUCCAAUGAUGAUCCAGUAAACCCUAGACCCGGGACACUAAGACAUGCGGUCACACAAGAAGAACCAUUAUGGAUCAUUUUCAAGAGAGAUAUGGUCAUUAGGCUCAAGAAAGAGCUCAUCAUCACAUCUUUCAAGACCCUUGAUGGUAGAGGUGCAAGUGUUCACAUAACCGAUGGACCUUGCAUUAAGAUUCACUAUGCAACUAACAUCAUCAUCCACGGCAUUAACAUCCAUGACUGCAAACCAGGAUCAGGUGGUAUGAUUAGAGAUGGUCCACGUCACACCGGGUGGUGGGUCCCAUCGGAUGGAGACGCGGUGGCUAUAUUUGGAGGGUCACACGUGUGGAUCGACCAUUGCUCGUUGUCGAACUGUGAUGAUGGGCUCAUAGACGCAAUACAUGGUUCGACGGCUAUAACCAUAUCGAACAACCACAUGACGCACCAUGACAAGGUCAUGCUUUUAGGGCAUAGCGAUAGUUAUACGCAGGACAAGAACAUGCAAGUCACCAUUGCGUUUAACCAUUUCGGAGAAGGGCUCGUCCAAAGGAUGCCACGGUGCAGGCAUGGGUAUUUCCAUGUGGUGAACAAUGAUUACACUCACUGGGAAAUGUAUGCAAUCGGUGGAAGUGCUUCUCCAACGAUAUACAGCCAAGGCAAUAGAUUUCUCGCUCCUAAUACCCGAUUCAAUAAAGAGGUUACAAAACAUGAGGAUGCACCCGAAAGCAAAUGGAGAGAUUGGAAUUGGAGAUCGGAAGGGGAUAUGUUGUUGAACGGAGCUUAUUUCCGCCAAUCUGGUGGCAGAUCUCCGUCAAGUUAUGCAAGAGCUUCCAGUUUGAGUGCAAGGCCAUCGUCUCUUGUGGGUUCCAUCACAACGACAGCAGGCACUCUUAGUUGUCGGCGUGGUCGUCGCUGUUAA